UCCAGUGAAAGACCGCGCGUGCCUACACCACGUGACCUCCUUCUGACAUUCGCCGGUAUCUAGAAAGUACGGACACAAAAACCCUCCCAUUUCCUUGUUUUUUUCUGCAAGAAAGCACGAAAGGAGUACUGAACCAAGAUGUCUGCCGGAAACGCCAAGCUCACCCACCCUGCUCCCAACUUUGAGAGCACGGCCGUGCUGCCUUCUGGAGAGUUCAAGACCAUCAAACUCUCUGACUAUAAAGGAAAGUACUUGGUCAUCUUCUUCUACCCUCUGGACUUCACGUUUGUGUGUCCAACAGAAAUCAUAGCGUUCAGUGAUCGUGUGGAUGAGUUCCGUAAGAUAAACUGUGAGGUGGUGGCCAUUUCUACAGACUCCCAGUUCUCACACUUGGCAUGGACGAACACCCCCAGAAAGCAGGGUGGUCUGGGGCAGAUGAAGAUCCCCAUCCUGUCAGACAAAGCCAUGACCAUCUCACGGGACUACGGAGUGCUGAUGGAGGACGAGGGCAUCGCCUUCCGUGGUUUGUUCAUCAUUGAUGACAAGGGUACCCUGCGCCAGAUCACCAUUAACGACCUGCCUGUGGGGCGCUCAGUGGACGAGACACUGCGUCUGGUGCAGGCCUUCCAGUUCACCGACAAACAUGGAGAAGUGUGCCCUGCUGGCUGGAAGCCUGGUGCAGACACCAUCAAACCCGAUGUAAAGAACAGCAAAGAAUAUUUCUCCAAGCAGUAACUCAGCCGCUGUAGAGGAUAGCUGCAAUCUCCAAGCAGAUGUUGGGUGAAAGAUCUCAAGUUCUAACUGUCAGUCUGCCCUCUAUGAAAGUCGCAGCGGCAAUCUUUCACCACAAUAUCUGCUUGGAGAUUUGACUGCCAUUCUUGAACUUGUAGACAAAAUCCUGCUGAAAUAUCUUUGUAUAUGGAGUAAUAGCACGGAAUUCUUAGUUGAAAACAAGCGCGGCUAGACAUUUACUAAAUCAAGAUUAUCAAACCCUAAAAGGAAAUCCUAUGUUAAAUUAUCAGAGGAUGUUGUUUUGUUUUGGUUGUUUUAUAUGUUUUUCAUGUUAAGUAUUCUGUGGUGUAGAAAUAGUUUGAAGAGAAGACAGUUAAAGUAUUGUGGCAUCAUGAAAGAAAAGGAAUUGGGUAAAGCAAGUUUAAGGUGCAAACUGUAAGUUCAGUCGAUACACGUACAAAUGUACUAGUCUAAGAGUACUUGCCAAGCAGAGGUUGGUUGGGAAGAUGGGACUUUUCAUAGGUUCCAUUAUGUUCCAGCCGAAUCUGUGGCCUAUCAGAUAGUGUCUUCAUAUGACUUUGUUACCGAAAGAUCUGCCUUGAGUUUGCAGCAUGCGAUUCUGGCUGUUAACAUUCCUGUGUUUCAGUGUCCAUCCCUUGCAAGAACUUUGAGCAUUUAUAUGGUUGUUUGGUAUGCUUGUGAUAGGAAAGUUGUUCUUUGCUUCUCAGUAAAACAAAGAGGUGCUUUGAGCAACAAA